CUGAAAGGUAGUAUCAAAUUGGCAAAGCUUCGAGGUUUCCAUGCAGAACUAAGUCCUAUGAUGCCGGUGAUCUGCAGUGAAUAAUAAUCCAGCGCACCAACCACGUUCAUGCAUUCGAAUCGAUCUGACCUGCAUUUCCUUUUUUGGCAGAGAGUUCAUCGUCACGUGCAGUGAUCGCAUCAGGGCUCUUCCAGACGACAUUCAUUGCAUAUUGCAAUGAGCCCUUCCACCUCGAUCGAGGCGCUUGAAACUGGCACUGCAGGACUCGAGACCAAGCAUGUCGACGUGGACCCUGCUCAUCCGCAGAAUUGGACCCUGGCCAAAAAGGUCCGGACCAUCAUCAUUCUGGGUCUGAUGAAUGUCCUGGCCACAGUCGCCAGCAGCAUCUUGAGCCCUGGUCAGACGCAGAUCAUGCAGGAAUUCGACAUUAAGAAAGAAGUGGCGAUUCUCACCACCACCUUAUUCCUAGUGGGCUACAUCUUCGGCUUUCUCACCUUCGGGCCCUUGUCCGAGAAAUUCGGCCGUAAAUGGCCGCUGAUCAUCGGCGUCACCGUCUCCUCGCUCUUCGAACUGAUGCCUGCGUUGGGACAGCACAUCCCCACCAUCCUCAUUGGGCGCUUCUUUGCUGGCCUGUUUGGGAUCUCGCCCGUGGCGGUGAUGGGCGGAGUCGUCAGCGACUGCUUUGCCACGGAGCAGCGCGGGAAUGCGAUGGUGAUCGCCGUCGCCCUGAUGUUCUCUGGCCCGACCUUCGGCCCCGUCUUCGGCGGGUUCAUCGUGGCUUCCUCGCUGCAUUGGCGCUGGACGGUGUGGGUGAUCAUCAUCUGCGGGCUGGGGCUAUCGCUCAUCGCCGUCGCGUUGUUCCCCGAGACCUAUCCCCCGGUCGUCCUUCGCGACAGAGCCGAUGCAGCCCCUGAAGGGAAGCCCGCAGCCCUCAGCAUCACGUCCGCGGUUGUGUCCGCAGAAAAAGAAGGCUUAGAGCUCGCGCAGAUCGCGCGACUCUACCUCGUCCGCCCCUUCUGGCUCAUCUCCACGCAACCGAUCCUCUUCCUCCUCACUCUCUACCAAUCCAUUCUCUACGGCAUCCUCUACCUCUUCUACCAAUCCUACCCCUACUCCUUCGGCGAGCUCCGCGGCUGGCGCACCGGCCUCAACACCCUCCCUUUGCUGGGCAUCAUCGUCGGGGUCUUCCUCGGCGCCCUCGCGAUGAUCCUCUACAACCAGCUCUACUUCCGUCACCACUGCCACGACGCCCACGGCCAAUUCAUCCCGGAAUCCCGUCUCCCGCCCAUGAUCCUGGGCGGCAUGCUCAUCCCCAUCGGCAUGUUCUGGUACGCCUGGACCUCCGACCCCGCCAUCUGCUGGGCCAGCUCCGUCUGCGCCAACCUGCUGAUUGGGGGCGGCAUGUACCUGCUGUUCAUCCAGGGGUUUAGCUAUAUUGUGGAUUGCUACACGGCCAUGGCGAACAGCGCGCUGGGCGUGAACGGGGCCAUGCGCAGUGUCUUUGGCGCCUCUUUCCCGCUGUUUGCCAGCGCGAUGUUUCAUGGGCUGGGAGUGGCGUAUGCGACGACGAUCUUGGGAGCGGUUUGUGUGGCGUUGGUCCCGGUACCGGUGUGUUUUUGGUACUGGGGGGGCCGGAUUCGGGUCUGGUCGGAGGGGAGGGUUCUGGAUGGGUAG